AUGGCGGACGAUAAAGCGGAGGAUAUCGCCCCUCCGUUUCGCGGCUUCAUAGCCACCACGUACGAUGCCUUGCUUGUUUUCGAGGCUGCCCGUCGGGGAAUGAUCCCUCGUGUUACACGACGUCUUAACGACUCGGAACGCAGCAUGGUCCAGUCUGGCUCGGUCUUCGUCUAUGACGAGCAGGAGAGUGGGAUCAAGCGAUGGACGGACGGGCACUCGUGGAGUCCCAGUCGGAUCUUGGCAAACUUCCUUGUUUACCGUGAAACCAUCAAACCGGCGGAAAGCAAGGAUGGCAAGGACGGGGACAAUGCCAAAAAGGAAGGUGGCAGCAGGCCUGGGAGCUCGCACGGCACCAGGCCCGCUACUGCGCAUUCGACACCAGGCCACGCCUCUCCCGCUGACGGGUAUGGCGCAGAAUCGUCCCGCAUGGCUAUGGAGGCCAACUCCCGACGCCCUCCCACUCUGGCCCAUGGCCAGAUGCGGCCACGCAGUGCCGCUGAAGCCGGGGGAUGUCGCCUGGAGAAUGGCAUUGUCAUUGAUCGCCAUCUUGAGCGCAAACUUGUCGGCAGCUUGACGAAUAGCUACCUAUUCCAUCCAGGCGGCUUGGUUAAGAAGACUAUGACUCUACCAAUCAAUGGGUUCCACCAACACGUUGUCUCGUACUACACCCUCGAGGACGCUGUCGCAGGUCGACUGCGGCGCCCGUCAACCAUCCCAGAGUUUACCGCGCUGGACAUCAGCCCCGAGUACCUCAACUUGGCAAACUUCCGCUACCCUCCAUCAAUUGAUAUGGGUUCUGAUGGUGUGCCUCGCUACCAUGGGGAGCAGGACGAUCGGCCGGUAUCCCCCGCACGCAUGCCUACGGCGUACGCGGACAUGUACGGCGACCCGUAUGGGCAGCCUACUACCUUUGACAGUCAUCAUGGCCCGCGAAUUCGAGCAAUUACCGCCCCAACAGUCAGCGCCGGCUUUUCGCCAACGGUGCCUUCCCCUGGCUACCCCGUGCCUCCCCCGUCCGCCGGCUACUACGACCCCCCGCCCAUGCACCCCAUGGCUGCCGCACCUCGGCCUUCAGGGCCUAUACGGCCCAGCACAGCUCAGUCCGCGCAUCGGUACGAUCCAUAUGGAGGCAACCCUCGAGCUGGUGGACAAGGUGAUGGUGCACAUGCUAGACGCCUGUCUCAGCCGCCCCCCAACAGCAACAGCGACCCAGGAUAUUAUCAACAUAGUGACUACAACUAUCAGCCUCCCUCUACUGCGCCUGGGGCGUUUCCUUACUAUUCUGCUGCGGCAGCUCCGCCCCCGUCGCAAGCUCCGAUGCCAUCGCCGAUGAUGUCGCCGGGCUACCCCUCGAGCCAAUAUACUGGCUGGCACCAGCCACCAGCAGCAAUGCGGCUGAUGCCGCCGUCGAGAUCUGACAUGCUCCACGGCGCCGGCGACCCUCCCUCGUCGGCAGGCUCAAUCGACAGCGCACCGGGGUCGUCGGGCGCACACAUGGUCCCACCCUCCGAUGGGUGGGCGCCCGUUCCCUCGAACGCGCCGCCUGCUUGGGAUAACCAUCCACAGCAGAUGGCGCAGCCUUACGCCGUCACCCAAAAUGAUGGAUGGCAGGCUGGGCUUGCGUAA